AUGCAAUCAAAGUUAAAUUAUUACGUCAAAAAGAACGUUCUUCUCAAUCUGUCACGGUCUUGUAGGAGGAGCUGCUGAGAUCGGCUCCUCAUAGGUCCGCAGCUCCCACAUAAAGGCCGACACACCGCAGCUCUCGCUCACAUUCAUCUUUGUGUUUGCACAGAAGAAGAAGACGACAAAAUGAGCGGUAGAGGAAAGGGAGGCAAAGGACUCGGUAAAGGAGGCGCCAAGCGUCACCGUAAAGUUCUCCGUGAUAACAUCCAGGGAAUCACCAAGCCCGCCAUCCGCCGUCUGGCUCGCCGCGGGGGAGUCAAGCGUAUCUCCGGUCUCAUCUACGAGGAGACCCGCGGUGUGCUCAAGGUCUUCCUGGAGAACGUCAUCCGUGACGCCGUCACCUACACCGAGCACGCCAAGAGGAAGACCGUCACCGCCAUGGACGUGGUGUACGCUCUCAAGAGGCAGGGCCGCACUCUGUACGGAUUCGGAGGCUAAACGGUGAACUCUGCUUACUAAACCAAACAAAGGCCCUUUUCAGGGCCACCCACUUACCGAUUAAUGAGAUGAAUUUCCUGUCAAGUCUUAACGGUUGAAACUGAUACAAAUUUUUGUGAAAUUGAUGAGAAACCUUGAGCCUUCAAGCGUUUGCCGAUGGUCAUUUUUAUUUAUUUUUUUUACAGAGUCUUGUUACUGGCCGGAUUUUUCUCGGAACACAACUCCGGCAGCAGAGCACAUUCCUCUGCUUCCGUUAUGAUUUGCAUUUACUCCAAAAAUAUUUUACGUAUAGAACCUUAUUUUUGUUCAGAAUUGACUUCAAAAUGCAAUUUUAUUACUAAAAGAUGUAAAAGAAAUUUCCCCGCCAGGAGUUCUAUAUUCAUGAAUAAUAUCCUUAAACUGUUUUUCCAAGACUGUGUUCAGUUCUACAUUUUGACCAAAAUUACUUGAAAGCCACGACGGGGACUAAAAAGCCAAUAUGUGAUUCCUGAACAGCAAACGGCAACAUUAUUUCUGCCUGACGGUCAUUACCAUCUAGUGGUAUGUUUGUUUUUCCUGAAUAGACAACUUUACACUGUUUGAUUUUUACCCAAGGUAAAAAGCUGGUGUUGCACAUCAGCUUAUAACUUUGUGAGCUUUGGGUGAUGAGCGUCUCUACUGUUCCCACAAAUGCAGAGAAAUGAACUAAUCUUGUUGAAAAUCACGUGACUGAAAACAAACGAUGCCUCGCAUUACCUGGGACACGUGACCGCUUCAUUUUGCGUGUCGGUUUUCAAAAUAAAAGCGCGAUGAGCCGUGCUGCUUCAUGGGUUGUUGUAGGUUAUUUGGUCGUGUAUCGGAGGAGAAUAUUUCUUUAGCAGUGGCUGAAAUAAAAGGAACAUUGACCAACAUGAGUAUUGAUGAUUUUCAUGAUGGCACUCAUUAACGUGUAAUGUGUUUUGACUAUGUUUUUGUAUUUUUCUAAUAUGAAGAACUUUGAACUGCAUUGUUACUGAAAUGUGCUACAGAAACUGCAAGAGGAAAAUCUGACAUCUGGGAGUACUUUGAGAUUCUUAAAAAAAAUAACUAAUCCCCCACCUCCUAAAUUCUCACCUUCUGGAAAUUUCCACUAUUUCUAGUUUGAUCAGCAAAGAUAUACAUCAGUCUUGCACAGCAGAAGCAGAAUUAAAAUUCUGCAUGGAGAUAAAUAUAAGUAAGGGAUCAGAGCCAACUGGACAUCUGCUAAAAAGAAUAAGGGUUAUCACUGCUACUUGUUCUCAAGCUGAGUUUUGUUCCAUGGACUCUGGGCUAUUUGAACCACUUGCCACUAGAAGUUGCCUCCCAGCAGGGCUGUUGGUGGCAUCAGCAAUACUGACACUGGUUAAGGGCAUUACUCACGUCCCUAUAGGGAUGUUAGUGUUGGGUACUGUUAAAGGUACUGUUAAUGUAAGCAAGAAGCAGGUUUUGAGAAGUUUGAGACAAUAAAUUUAUGAAUGUGUGUAUAUAUAAAUAAAGGUCUGAGCUUAGACAGACGUGAUAAGAUCAGUGGUAACAGCAGAUGGAGCCUGGCCAUGUGAGAAGUCUGAGUUUCUUAUUACACAGGACGCCUCUGGCAGCUUGAAUACGCUUCCCUCAAUUGUCAGAUGCAUCAUGGGAAAUGGAGUCUUAAAAUCAAUAUUUUUCUCCUUUUGUUUCUUAAGAAAAUCUGAGUAAAACAAGAAACAUUUUAACGUCCAUACAGUGGAGAAGGACUGCAAUAAUCACACAGAACAGAGUUAGUUCAUACUUUAUUGGUAAACAAGCACAGAAUGAAACCAAUUAAUACAUUUUAGGACUGUAACUAAUGGUUGUUUCAGUAAUGGAUUAUGCUGAUUAAUUGGUAAUUGGAUGAGAAAUGUAUACAUUCUGCUUAUUUUUCAGCUAGCCACUUAAGAAUAACAUUAUAAACUUUAGAAACAAUAAUAAAAAAGUCAUUUGAUUCCUAUUUUAAAUGAGAAAGUGUUUUAUUGACUGCAUUGCAACAAAAAAGAGAGAAAAAAACAGCACUCCAUUACUGAACGCUUGACCGUUUGUAGCAAAGGAUGAAAUCUGCAGCUAAAAACAAAAACACUUCUAACAUCAACAUGUUAGAAAUGCUGAGCAAUUUCUGCUGAACUGAACUUCAAUACAGUGUGAGGCUGAUCUGGUGAUUCACUUUAUAUGAACCAGUGAAAAACUAGAGAGCAUACAGUGACCAAUAGGCGUCAUCACUUUCAUCAAAUGGUCGUCAACUAUUAAUUGAUUACUAAAUUAGUUGAUUCUUUUAAUUAAUACAGUUGUUUCAGCUCUAAUAUAUAAUAUUAUAUCCCAUAACUUAACAGAAACUUAUAGACUGAAUUAACUUUUUUUUUCUAACACUCAGUCUGCAGCCUGACAGUUUACAACAGUAAAUACAGCAAACUGCCGGGAAAACCUCCUGAAUAAUGU